AGCGGGCGUGGCCUGCUCGCCUUCGGGGGCGGGCUGCGGUGGCGGGGGGGCGAGUGCUGCUUCAGAAAGAGCCGCCCCGCCCGCACGUGGCCUCCGGGAGACUAAAGCCCGCGACAGCGUUGGCGGGAGCCGUGUCUCGGACUCCUUAGGGAGGCAGCUGAGCACACGGCAGACCCCCUGGGAGACCUCCAUUCCAACCAGCUGACUGUCCUGUGCCCUCCAUGCCCACCAUGCAUCCUCAGUCAGUUCUGCAUAGCGGCUACUUCCACCCACUGCUCCGGAACUGGCAGACAGCCGCCACCAGCCUCAGCGCCUCCAACCUCAUCUACCCCAUCUUUGUCACGGAUGUUCCUGAUGACAAACAGCCCAUCGCCAGCCUCCCAGGAGUGGCCAGGUACGGUGUGAACCGGCUGGAAGAGAUGCUGAAACCCCUGGUGGAGGAGGGCCUACGCUGUGUCCUGAUCUUCGGUGUCCCCAGCAGAGUUCCCAAGGAUGAGCGGGGCUCCGCAGCCGACUCCGAGGACUCCCCGGCUAUCGAGGCCAUCCGCCUGUUGCGCAAGAAUUUCCCCAGCCUCCUGGUGGCCUGCGACGUGUGCCUGUGCCCCUACACCUCCCACGGUCACUGUGGGCUUCUGAGUGAGAAUGGGUCAUUCCAAGCUGAGGAGAGCCGCCAGCGGCUGGCAGAGGUGGCUCUGGCCUAUGCCAAGGCGGGGUGCCAGGUGGUGGCCCCGUCGGACAUGAUGGACGGACGCGUGGAGGCCAUCAAGGAAGCUCUGAUGGCACAUGGAUUCGGCAACAGGGUAUCAGUGAUGAGCUAUAGUGCCAAAUUCGCUUCUUGUUUCUAUGGACCUUUCCGGGACGCAGCUCAGUCGAGCCCGGCUUUUGGAGAUCGCCGCUGCUACCAGCUGCCACCUGGAGCACGAGGCCUGGCCCUCCGCGCGGUGGACCGGGAUGUUCGGGAGGGAGCGGACUUGCUCAUGGUGAAGCCAGGAACACCCUACCUGGACAUCGUACGGGAGGUAAAGAACAAGCACCCUGAGCUCCCCCUGGCUGUGUACCACGUUUCUGGAGAGUUCGCCAUGCUGUGGCACGGGGCCCAGGCUGGGGCAUUUGAUCUCAAGGCUGCUGUACUAGAGGUCAUGACUGCCUUCCGCAGAGCAGGUGCCGAUGUCAUCAUCACCUACUACACACCUCAGCUACUGCAGUGGCUGAAGGAGUGAUGGAGAAAGUGUACCAGAUUCAAGAACGAGAACUUUUCUAUUCCUGAGCCUUGCAGAAGUGAAAACCAAAGUAAACGAUGCUUUUAGAACUGUGCACUCCUGCCCUCUUCCUGCUUAUGUGCUGGCGGGUGCCUGGAAGCCCUGGGCGGUUUCUGCCAGCCUGCCAACUCAUCCCACUUGCAGCUACAUCCUCACUGGCUCUCCCAGGCUUCCCAGCCCCUCCUCUGGGUCAGUCCUGAAGCUCACCUCUGCCAACUCCGCUCCUUCCUCUGGGGUCGCUUCAGCUGGAAAGCCACCAGGACUCAUGGCAUCAGCUCAGUGGGGUCUGGGAGAAGGGCUUGGAACAUUAAGGGAGAGAGGGAAGUUGAUUCUUGGACCCUAAGAAGCUCUGGAAAGCUGGAGGCCUCUGGCAGCAGAGGUGGGCACACAGGCCUAGAUUGACACCCUGGGUUUAGAGUUGACAUUUGCUGCAAUUCCACUGGAAAGCGAUCCCCACACAGGCCAGUGGUUGCCAGGCUGCCUGAGGUCUCCUGUUGUUCUCUGAGCCAUAAACCCAGAGAAGAAUUACUCAUUAACAAGCAGAAAAGAAUUAAUUUGUUAACAAGCAGGAACGCUGCCGAAGGAUCAAAAUUCAGAAGCAAAGAGAGAAUUCCUGACUGUUGGCGAUGGCACCACCAAAAAGACUCUUUAUUGCAGAGAUAUUUCUUGAGAAGGUCUGCUUUGUGCCCACUCACAAUACUGGGUCCUGGGGAUAUAUAGCAGGACAGACUUCAGCUUGUCUCUGCGUGGAAUCUGCACAAGGGAACCAGGGUGACAGAAAGCAAGCCAACAAGAAAACAGACAUAAGGCAGUUACAGAUGGUAAUAGUGCUUCCAGGGAAAGAAGGGGUCUGAGACAGAAUAACAGAUGAGGGGCCUCGCCUGAGAAGCCCUUCCUGAGAUUGAGGGGCAAGGAAAGGCCUUUAACAAGAGGAGAGGGAAGCGGAAGUCAGAAGCUGCGAGAAGGACGGCAGAG